CAAUUUCACCAUCUUUAAGAUUUCACUCACAACUCACAAAUUUAACAAACUACAAUUAAUCCAAACAAUUGUUAUAUUCUUACACCAUCGUUAAGCUCAAGAUAUAUGGCGGAUUGGGGGCCGGUUCUGGUGGCGGUGGUGCUAUUCGUGCUGUUAACACCAGGGUUACUGUUCCAGCUGCCGGGUCAUGACCGGGUGGUGGAGUUUGGCAGCAUGAGAACCAGCUGCGCUGCGGUGAUCGCUCAUGCGGUUAUCUUUUUCGGCAUACUUGCACUCUUUCUGAUCACCAUCCGGGUUCAUGUGUACACCGGCUAGUAAUUUGAAUUAAAGGAGUAUAUUUAAGAGUAUGUUAGUUUGUCGUUAAAAUAUAUGUUGUAUUUACAUUUAGCCCUCUGCUUGUUUGGUUUAAUUGCUAUGUAUACCCUUUAUUUUCAACAUGUGGUAAUUUAAUUUGAAUUUUAUUUGAA